AUGACACAAGCAAACUUUAAUGGCAAUGGAUACGUUGAGGUCGAAAUGUUAGAUUUACCAAGUGGGGAUGAGGAUGGUCAAGAUAGUUUCUCUCAGGGAGACGAAUCUGCUUCUUUUUCAUCCUCGACGUCCGAAUCGGCAACGAAACCUAUUACUACUACUACUACUACAAGCAGAUCGCCGAGCUCUCCAACAAAUUCGCCAUCCCAACUGCUGUUGUCUUGGUCAUCUUCUCCCACUGCUAUAAGCGAGUUGUUACACCCUGAUACAAACUACCCAGACUUAGUAGACUGGCUUGCAUCCGAGGAAGAAGAGUUGGUAUUUUGUUUCAAUAAAGAUCUUUAUCAACAAACAUGCACCCCGAGCACAGGCUUCUUUAAGGCUUAUGUUGAGUAUGUCAACUCCAACUUUAAGAUCACCGAGGAACUUUUGGCAUAUGUCAAGAGCACUCAAAUCGCCAAGCCUUCUACAAUUGGUUUAAUAACAACAAACUCUGAGAAUGAGAAAAACACAAUUAGUCGGCUAGUGGACGAUGCACUUGUAAAUGUACUGCAGAACUUGAGUCAAUUGAUUGAAACCCCCGUAGAAACUGAUGAAGAGAUAGCCGAGAAUGAAAAAUUACAAGAUGCAGUCGUUAUUUUGAAAUGUUUUGAGUCAACUUUUUUGAAUACAAUGGUGAGAACCAAACCAGAAAUUAUCAUGGAAUGGGUUAAUAGAUUUGAUCCGCAACCACCAACCGAGAUUGUCAACGAAGUUGUUGUUAAUGAGCCACAGAGCUAUUUGCAUCCUCUUUUUUGGAAACACAUUAUUAGUAAAUUGGCGAUGAGAGGCUUGUUCAAGCAAUUGGAUGAAAUCUUGCAACAUGCGGAUUAUAAAGAGCUCGAAGAGUUGUGCAAUCCUUUAUUCACGGCUAUAGAAGAUUUUCGAAAUUUGAUGUCGAUGUACUCGAGCUACGCGCUCAAUGGCCAGUUUGCUCGUUGGAAGCUUCUGGCGUGUGAGUAUAGAGAUUCACUUGCUGAUGUAAAGAGCUUGGUGCAUGAGGAGGGAGAGAAUCCAAAGUACCAGAUUAUAUUGAGUCAAUUGUUCGAUAUUGCAUGUUUGAUAUCGGGUAUGGAAAAGACCAUUGCUGCUCAUUCGGAGAACUGGUACGAUAUGUACCUUGCUCUAUCAUUGUAUCAAAUAAGGGAUGAUGAAGAAGUAUUCAAAUACUUCUUUGAAGCUUCAAUUCUGGAAAAACCACCGCCUCCACCACACCAAUCGACGACAUCGUCGUCAUCGUUGUUGUCGUCGUCGUGGUCAUCGUCGAUGUUAGCCCCCAAGAACGGAGAACAGGAUUUGGAUGCUAUGACUGAGGAGUGCUUGUUAAACAUUUUGAAAGGCAAUUUGAUGAAGGCAUUGGAGACUGUCUAUUACUUGAGCCCGGCAACUGCCGCCUACUUAUCGUUGUUCAUGGAUCUUAAGAACCUUUUAGAAGGCUACUAUACCUCACAAGUUCUCCAUAGCACUGCAAAUAGUGAUAAUCUGAAAAAGACUGCAUCUGAGUAUUUCCUUACACGCCACGCUUACAACAAUCUUGACAUACAUGAACUUGUUCCUGUUGGUAUUGGUCUUUUGGCAAACCCAACACUUAAUAAACGGUCUAGCUCAAAAAACCUCAACCUUCAAACUAUAGCAUCCUUUUUACCUCAUUAUAAUGUUGUUGAGAACGAAGACUUGGAAUGGGCACUCACUGUGUGUGCCGAUCUUGGACUUACAUCAACUGCUCGUGAUUUGUACUUCCAAGCUGGGUUGCAAGCUUUGGAAAAUGGCUACUUGUAUGAAGCAUUAAACAAUUUUGUAAAUUGUUAUGACCCGCUUGAAGUGUCUGGUAGUUUGCACCAAGAAGGGUUAAGAAAAAUACACUAUGUGAUUUGGGAGAUCAUCUUCACGGAUAGCCUUGUCAACAAUAGUCCGAUAGAUGAUGAGUUAAUCAACAACAUCGUGGAUGGUGAAAUUGAUAUCCAGUUGCACCCGAUCAUACAGCAAAGCAUCUCGCCAUACGCCGUAUUGAAAGAAUAUUUUUCUUCUUUGAGCACUGAGAAAACCACUGUGGAGCCCUCGAGCUUGUCGAAAAUCAUACAUCUUUUGAAAUUUCAGUAUAUGCCCAAGAAAUUCAGGCCCUUGUUACUAGGGCAAUUUCUUUUGUUUUUGAGAUCCGAGGUUGAGCUUCAAAUACCUGACUUGAUUAUCAUGAUUGAAUUGAUUGAUAAUUACGAGGGUGAUGUUACUGGCAAUGACAAGAGGGACGGAGAACAGCUAUUUGCUUACUCUGUUGCAGAGUACAAGCAAAACAUAGAUUCGGAUGGAGAACAGCAGCAACUAAAUAAGUUGGAUUGGAGGGAAGAUGUAGUGCCGUCCUCCUCUCCUACAGUCGAUGACUUAUUGGCUUUGUUAAGACGCAAAGUAAGUGAGAGAAUAGCAAAGGUGUUUAUCGAAUAA